UAUUGAUAAUUUAUUUUGUAUUUUACAUUUUUUAUUAAAAUGGGCCGAAAGAAGAAAGCUAAAUUGAGCAAAGAAGAGAAGGAACUAGUAAGGAAACAAAAGGAAUUAGAAGCCAGGAAGGAGUUUAAAAGAAAGGAACUGAAACGGGAGAUUGCAGCACAUGCACGUAAAAAAGAUGAAGUGGAUAAAGGCUGGGUGAAGAUGAUGCUUAAAAUAAAGGAACCUUUUAUCAGGAAUGAUUUAGAGGCUACGUGGAAGACAUACGACCGAGCUCUAAAUAAAAGAGACCACCAAAUGCGUUACUUAAUGAAAUUGAUGGAUGCUGCUGAAAAUCAGAUGCAAUAUACUGUUGCGUACUAUAGUGACGUUAUAGAUACGAUGAUACGUAAUUUUUUUACAGACAUAGAAAAGCUUACCAAAGAAAAUGAAAUGCAUAUUAAUGAAUGUAUAACAUCUGGAAAAGGUGAAUUAAAUAAGAUAGCAAAUGAUCAAAAAUUGGCAGAAGAUCAUCUUCAAUUGGCAACUUUCGAUGCCCACACGAAAGCGGAUACCUUAGCCUGGAUGACACGAGGUAUACAUUUAGUAAAACAAGAUGAAGAACGAAAUCAGUAUGAAAAUGAACGAGAUAGCUUACGAUCACUCCUCGAAAAUAGUUACAGCAACAUGUGGGACGAUUUCAAGGCAGUUCUCAAAUCGUAUAUAGUCAACACAGCAGAGACUCAAAAGGAGGCACGUAAAUUGCGACAAAAAGAUCAUGUAAUGGCUGAAAUAAUUGGAAAUCAAGCUCUUCAAAUUAAAAACAGCGACGAAACAUUGAAACGCUUGCAGUCAGAAUUAUCGGAAUAUGACAGUGGUACCAAACAAGCGGUUUUUCGCGACCGACGCGACAAAUACAGGAACGCUUGCCAGCGACUCAAGAAAAUGCUAAGUGAUGACUGCGACUUAGAUGACAAACAACUAGGAAUACUAGUAAAUGAAUCCAACGACGCAAUAGAGUGGCUAGAAGCUGGCUACAAAAAGGGUGAUAAAUUAUUACGACUCGCUGCAGUAUGUCGUAAAUUCGAAACGCAGAGAGAGAAGAUUUUACCCUUUGAAAAUGCUAUACCUCAUGACAACGAAAGUGUUAAAACUCAUUCAGAGAAUUCUUUGAUAAAAGGCGCUCUAUCAUACACCAGCGGACUGACCAGAUUGUGGCAGAAAAUAACAAAUGCAGAGCUUUCUAAAAAAGCUUUGCUUCACGAAAAGAGGCAGUUGGAAGCGGAGAAUUCUUUUCUCAUCGAAACAAUACAGAAAAGCGAGGAAAUGACAUUGGGUUUUGAACAAAAUGCUUGUCCAUGUAACGAAAGAGAUGGUGAUCCUCCAGUGGCCAUAGAAGGAGAUUUAGAAUUACGCAAAUAUUAUAUAUAAAGUUUACAUGCUGCUUGAAAGCUUUUAUAAUUUUGUCUUUGUUGUCGGUCGUGAAGUAAUCAUACUGUUUAAAAUUAUAGUUAGAUAUUAAUUUAUUUGUCUGUAACAUUUUUUUACA